UGCAAAAAUAUCCCUAAAUUGUGCAGUGUGUGACGGUGGUGGUGGCCCUCGAACCAGAGCUUUUCUCGCCAGAGCUCCGCGAGCGCCACAGCUGUGGCAACACAUAAUGGAAGGCGGCGCAGGACCGCAGCAGUGAUGUGUCGUGUGGAUCCAUUCGGUCAAUUAUUAUUACUACCAAACACAGCUGCACCAAACCAGACCGCUCAGUUCCGCUCGAGUGGCAAACAGAAUACGUUUAUCAGCGUUCUAAAAUUUGCAUUGCCCAAAAAACCCGCCACCCCCCGCGCCCCAAGUGGGUCAACUCUGGUGAUGAAGUGAAAAUAGCUAGCUGUGUGUGCGUGUGACUGUGUUGUGUACAUAUAUACAUAUUUUUUUACUACUAUUUAUCAGUGAGUGCAAAUAAAAACGUCACAACCUGUACUGCUACUACCCCCCUCCUCCCCCAUUCGCCCGUCGAAAAUGUCCGUGGUACGCACGAAGGUCCUCGGUCUGGUGGACGUAAUAAUGCGCGUUCCCAGCCUGUUCAUCAUCGACGAAAUCCUCAAGAUUGGCAUGGGCGUGCCGAUUGGGCAGCCAGCGGGCCAGCCCGCAAACAGUAGCGCCAUCAAUCUGGACUCCCCGCCCGUUGCUGCAAUGCUUCCGGACGACGACCGAGGGAUGCAGGACAGCAUCGAGGUGUACAAGUUCGUCUCGCUCGCCGUGCUGAAGUUUCUAAUCUGUCUGUUCGGUGCCAUUAGUGCAGCGUGUGUGUUUAUGCUAUGGACGCGCCAUUUAGUGAUCGUGUACAUGUACAUGGUCUCCGUGGGAUUGAUCUUUCUGUCGUACUGGAGCAAUGUCUCCGCCCUGUCGGUAAUAUCGGACAGUCCGAGCCUGCUGGAGGACGUACUGUCGCUCAACAUGGACCGUCUGCUCGACCCGGGAGGUGUACUGAUCUCAAUACUGCCCCACCUGCUCGCCCAAUGGCUGAUGGGAGUCAUUUUCGCCUACAUUCAUUUGGGACCACGGCACAAAAUCGUCCAAAAAGCGCUUCCGUUCAGCUUCCUAAUGCCACUGUUGCUUGCAAUGCUGCCACUGCCGUCGCUAGUCCUUAAACAUUCCCCCGCCUUUGCCGCGAUCCUGCCGCUCGUGCUGUCCAAGAUUGCCCUGUGGAGCUCCUCGUUCGACGUGGUCAAAACGAUCCUGAGCGGCUACCAGCACGCGCGGAACUUUGCCAGCAACUUUGGCAUCGCGACGCUGAUCGAGAACGAAUGGCAGCGGCUGAACGUGCCGUGCGUGCUGCGCGUCUUCUGGACCAUUCGGCUGACCGAACAUCUCGUCAGCCUGCUGAUGUCGUCCGAGGCACCGCUGCGGUUUGCGGCCACCGUGCAGAGCGUGCUGGUCAGCGGGUGCGAAACGCUCACCGCCGUCCUCGGCAUGACCAGCAUCAUUUCGCUGAUCUGCCACUACAUCGGCAAGAUGUUCCAGCUGUUCCUGCUGUCCGAAGACUACGACGAGGACAAAUCGAUCGGUACGGUGUCGGCGAUACUAUUCUACAUUUUAGCGCUGCAAACCGGGCUCACCUCGCUGUCGCCGGACAAGCGCAUUGUUCGGUUGUGCCGCAAUAUGUGCCUGCUCGUGACGGCUUUACUGCACUUUUUGCACAACAUUGUUGCACCCAUACUAAUGUCACUGAGUGCGGCCCGCAAUCCCUCGCGCAAGCGUCACGCACGGGCAUUAAUAGUGUGUGCUUUCCUUCUCAUUGCGCCCGGAUCCCUGCUGGCCGUACUGUGGGCCAGUCACUCCCCAUCCACAUGGUUGCUAGCGGUAACAGCAUUCUCUGUUGAAGUGAUUGUUAAGGUUCUGGUGAGUUUGGCAACAUACACGCUGUUCCUGCUCGACGCCCGGAGACAAACCUUCUGGGAGAAGCUGGACGAUUACGUGUACUACAUUCGCGCGUUUGGAAAUUCGGUCGAAUUUUGCUUCGGCAUAUUCCUGUUCUUUAAUGGCGCCUGGAUACUGAUUUUUGAAUCCGAAAUGAUUCCAAUAGGCGGUGCCAUCCGUGCGCUGAUGAUGGGCAUCCAUGCGUACUUCAACAUCUGGUGCGAGGCGCGUGCCGGCUGGGUCGUGUUUAUGAAGCGCCGGACGGCGGUGCACAAAAUUUCCUCGCUGCCGGAAGCCACCACCGCCCAGCUGCAGCAGUUUGACGAUGUGUGCGCCAUUUGCUAUCAGGAUAUGACGUCGGCAAAGAUUACGCGAUGCAAUCACUACUUCCACGGCGUGUGUCUGCGAAAGUGGCUGUACGUGCAGGAUCGCUGCCCACUGUGUCACGAGAUUAUCAUGAAUCAGGACGGCAAUCCGGGCGACGAAAGCCUAGAGGAGCAGCUAAACAAUGGGGAUAAUGUGAGAAUCGAACCACGAACCGGCCGACCCGACCCGAGUGCCGACGCAACGAACAAUCGGCUGCAGAAUGUUCCACAGCAGGCCGCCAUCGUGCAAGGGACUGACCAGGCCGAUCAGCCACCGGCACAGCCCUUGUUCGACGAUCGGUACUUUGAGGAGCAGAUCAACAAUAUUAGCCGUGCCGCCAGUGCCAGCAGGUCAAUGGUAGGAAUUCGUGCCGGCCAGACAGACGCGCAGACGGAUGCAUCCAAGCGGGCACCCCACCACCCGGAAGAGCAAUACCGGGACGAGUAUGGUGUGACUAUGAGAUUCGGUGCGCGUGAAAAUGCGCAUCUUUACGCAAACAAUCUGGCAGGAAUUGCAGCGCCACAGCCGAGCAGUGGUGGAGCCACCGGCACUGUCGAUGGCAAUUAUCCCAGUGGCAGCAAUUCCUCCGAUGGCAGCCCCAGCAGCAGCAGCAGCAGUAGCAAUACGGAAGAUACCGGGAGCAUGAGCAGCGGUAGCAGCGCAAGCAGCAGCGCCAGUGGGACACUGUCCGGAUUAUCCAACAGUUCGCUCAUGUCGGCGGCUGCCAUUUCGUUCAACCUUCGAAGACGGAACCACGUCCUGCUGCAGCAAGAGCAGCAGCAGCAGCAGCAACCACAGCAGCCAACUUUGCCAAGAGAAUAAACAACCAAAACGAAGAGAAUGCACACGUGUGAGUGUGUGACAUUGCACUUGUCCGACGAGCAAUCGCGUCGAAUGAAACGAGGCGCUCAAAAACCAACACGAAACGCGCUACGACCAUAAAGUCUCAUUUCUGAAUGAGAUUCUGUUCGGUUUAACUAUCAACUCAAAAUAAGCCAAGAGAACCACAAUGAACGACGACUAUCCGUGAUGCAAAUUGAUGGACUGAACGAGAAAAGACAGCAUGGUGUAAGGUUUUAUCCGGCACGGGGUGAGAGAAAGGGAGAGAUAGUGAGGUUGUAUUGUACAUUUCUAGUAAGUUUUUGGUGAACGCAAUGUAGCUUGUAUAUUUAUAUUAACUUGUUUAUAAUGAACCGGAAUAUGAGGGCAUAUAAAAAAAAAAUUAGAGAACCAGAGAAACCCAAGCACAGGAGCACACAUCGUGGUUCACUGAUUUGGGGCGGGGAGUGAUGGGGAAGGGUGAAGUAUAGUGUGGGUGGGUAGGUUUUAGCAUUCGGAGGGGUAAACACACAGAGUAAAACACAAAAGCACUACAUCUGCUACGUCGCACACUAUAAAAACUAAUGACAACAGCUGUGACACACUCGUUUCAAGCAGACAGGGGUAGGAGAUUAUGGUGUAUUGAGGUGGAGUCUAUUUGCGAGCCAGUUGAUAGCAUACAUUUGUAACAUUCGCCACAUCUACUCGGACACGCCAUUUGUCCCCUCUCCGGGGGUGUAAACUGUUGGCAAUGCAAGCAUUACUUCUAUCGCCACCAAAAGGAAUCGAGAAAUAACUGCACAAUGUCUCGAAUCGAGCACAACAAGUAACGACGUCUCAUGAGCAGGUAGUAGAGUAACACUAUCACUAGCAUUGGCAACAGUGUUUAGAUUCGAAUUGAUUUUCGCUUUGUUUCCAUUUACCGUCCAUGUGGUGUGUGGUUGUGAAGCACAGCAGUGGUUCUAAAGCUUCUGCCUAAACAGCAAUAUAAAGCAGCGUAUCACACAGCCAUGUUUAUAUACACGCCGAAUGCGCAUUGUGCGUGUUACAGCAAAAUGGACGCUAAACCGUAAUAGCCACAACAGAAAAAAACACUUCCUUCUUGCUAAAUCGCACUAGAGACAUACCGGAAAAAGAAAGAGUUGAUACUAGGUGACAUCAAUAGUCCGCAAAAGAAAACCACCCCGGCUUUGUGAAGCUAAUCGCACGCCGCAAGCACGGGGGAAACAAUUGUACAGCAAUUAAAAUGAUCAAUUAACUGAUUUCACCGUUCUUCGUUUUAUCGCGCUAUUGCAUAAGAAGGUUUACAACUACUAAACCCCGUUCCCUGUGUCUCGAUCGAACUUAGAUUGAACUGCACAAACUGCACGUUGCAGGCCGUUGUUCUCCAGGUGUCGCCGGGGGCCCGCGGGGGCGAUCGUGUGGCGCAUCACGGUCGUACUAACAUUAAUGCAGCACACAAAAUGGCAAUUGCACAAACAUGGUUAAGCAGUUUUUGGUUUUUAAACUACGCUCAACAUAUGAACAUGAUGUGUAUAUAACAAGCAUAUAUCGCACACCCUUUGCGAUGAGAGGUACUUGUUGUUCCUGUUGUUCUGUGUCUUGUGCUCGACACCGAGCGAAUGUUUCCUGGGGGAUUUGUUAGCUUCGAGCGCUAAUAACUGUUUUAGCGAUACUUUUAAAUAACUCUGCCCACUUUUGUUUCCUUAAAGUGCGAUGAAUGCUGAUGCUGGGGCGGCAUGUACAUAGUCGUGUGGUCUUCAAAAUAUAACCAAAAAUAAAUGACCAGGCGGGGAAACAAAAAAAAA